AUGACAGUCUUCGAUCUGAAUAACCCCAUGAAAGAAUCAGUCAACGUCUCGGUCAUGUCUACAGACGGGGAGAAACCUCCCCCGCAAUUGUGUCAGGAUGCUUCGCAUCUCCCCUUUGCGGCAGUCCCAAAGCGGAAGCCCGUCCCUAUCGGGGUGGACGAGCCAGCAGCCAUUGCGACGAAAGAACCUGGCGCGCAUCUCCCCACCAAAGCUGCUUGGUGGUGGAACUUGAACAGGAAUUGGCAACAGUUCUCGAGAAAGAAGCGCAUGGUUAUCACCGCAAUUGCAGUCGCGGUCGUCUGUCUCCUUGCGCUGGUCAUCGGCCUUGCUGUGGGAUUGACCAGGGGAAAAGGCCACUCAAAUCUUCCUCUUCCCACCUCUCAUGGUGGUCCCUAUUCAGGAGAUUUGACCUACUACAACCCCGGCCUCGGCUCCUGCGGCAUCACCAGCACAGACUCGGACAUGAUCUGUGCCGUCUCGCAUGUUCUGUUUGAUGCUGCUUCCACGGGCUCGAAUCCGAAUGCGAAUCCGCUGUGUGGGCUCAAAUUGAGGCUUCAUCGGGGUGAAUCGAGCGCUGAUGUCAAGAUUGUUGAUCGAUGCGUCGGAUGUAAAGCAAAAGACUUGGACGUUUCGCCCGCUGUAUUUCAGAAACUUGCUGAUAUGGAUCUUGGUCGGGUCACCGUCGAGUGGUCGUGGCUGGAAGACUCCCCUGUUGCUUCAUUACCGUCAUGA